AGUUUAAACUUUUCAAUUUUCUUGUCCCUCGCUUUCUUAAAAGUGAAAAUCACAAUUUUUGAUCGAACUUCCUUCGCAGAUAAUAAAGUGUAAAUAUGAAAAUUGGUAUCUAACUAUGGGUGAAAUAGAAUUGUGGCUCUCGAACAAAUACUAGUUUGAAUGAAUACUUGUUAACGUGUAAUUGGUUAAAUAGAAUGAAUACUUGAAGACGUUCAGUACAAAAACAUGACGGAAGAGGUGCAAGAAUAUUGUGGACCCAUAAUUUUCGGCGAAACCAAAACUACAGCGAUAACAGUUUCGCCUGUAUCCAGGAGCACUGCUCUUGAUAUGGUUCUGCGUGAUUACAGCAACAGUAAGGGCAACGUUCGCAUCGUACGCCGCGCGAAACACGACAAGAGAAGCACACCGGUUGGGGGAGCAAAUAUGGCCGCGUCUAUCCCUGACUUUCCUGUUGCCGCUGAUGCAACUCCUGAAGAGGAAGUGCUGCUCUUCUUAACAGCGCCGUUCUUGUACAUGAACGAUGAGAACGAACCUGCCACUCCUACCAGGAUGUCUGUCCGCAAAUCUGCAGUACCUUUAGCCUUUUCUUCUUUUGACUCCAUGACGACAUCUAGCGAUGACGAUUUUGAGGACGUGCUGUCACCACAGUCGUCUACUUCUGACAAUGGAGGAAAGUCUAACAUGAUGCCUAGGACGAGGAGUCCGAGGAACCAUAUGAUGGGAGCAAAGGCUGGCGCUUCGCCAUCCUCCAGCACAACGACAACUUCUGCGCCAGGGAAUAAGGAUAUGAAAGGUAGAGCUCUACCACCUAAAUUUGACAAGUUUUUCCGGCAGGAGCUUGAGGAAGAUAACGUCCCGGAAGAAAGCUUCAUGACGCCUGCUAACGCUUUCAAAGCAGGCAUGGCACUUGCGCAAAGCAGUACAACUACGAUCACGAAAGAACCUGAUGAUGUGACAAAAGACGAAGAUGGGCGUGCUGCUGGUGUGAAGAACGACAGCUUGGUAGAAGAACAGACUCGGCGUGCAGCUGAAGUAACAGCUAAGCUUGUGUCUGAUCCUGAAUCUCCAGCAGAAGGGAUUCACAAAGGCCCCCUCCCUGAGAGUCCCAGAACUACUGGUAACGGAACACCUCGUGUGAGUUUUUCUGAUGCCGAAGAUGUAACCUUCAUCGAGAACAACGCUAAAAAUGGUUACUCAACAGAAAAGAAGGCUACUCACUCUUCUAAGAAUGCGAAUGGGGCUCCUGCUGCUCCUGUUGCAGCUGCUUCUAGACCAGAGGCCUCAUCAACGCCUCAGGCAGAAGAAGACGAAGAAGAUGCUGUUGUCAACAUGAUUGCUGAUCAACUGGUUGAGGAGUUCGCGUCCAGUGCUAAUGGCGACGUGCAUCUUUCUCCUACGCAACGAUUAUCCGACUCAGAGUUGGCUUUUCAAGCGAAUGCUCGCGGAAAGUGGACGAUGGCUGAUUUGCAUACUAAAGAUUCCAAGACGAGUUCCAAGACCAGUUCGGCGAAGGCUAGUAUGAAACCAGAGGGUGGUGCACAACAAGCAGAAGAAGCUCCAGUUGUAAUUAUAUCGACAAAAGAUUUCAUGGAUCAUAUGGAAGACGAAGUGGGUAUGACACAUCGCACAGACACGAGCUUUCGUACUGCUAUUGACAGUGGCUCCAGCAGUCCUCUAUACAGCGACGACGAUAACGAAGCUUUUCAAACGCCAAAGAAUAUGAUGAGUCCUCGGACCAAUUCUGGUAAAAGCAGUCCUGCGCGUACCCACAGGAGCAGAGCUGCAAGCCCGUCUGACAAGGCAGCUGCGAUUCUUGAUCGCGCUGGUAUGAUGCCGGGAAAGCGCGAGCCUGGUUCUAAGCCUGCUCCAAAGAGUGUGCUGGAGAGACCACCUCCAACUACAUGGAGAAAUCAGACAGCCGGAACCGACCCGACACCUUUCUCACAUUCGAGGAGUGCUGCCAAUAAUACUUCCACGCCCAGAACAAGUAAUAUUAGAGAUGGGAGUCCGAAAGCGACACCGAGAGGAUCUGGCACUGGCAAAGCUGCCCUUGAUGCAACUACACCGAGGCCCAUGUGUGUUUCGAAAAAUGCUCCUGAUGUAAAUCCACCAGCAUCUCCAACAGAAGCUCGAGCUCAAGAACAGAAGGCUUUGCCUCCGCCAAGUGGGCUGUCGAUGCCAGGAACCUUACCAUUGAUGCGCAGUGGCGGUCCUCCAGUUCCAGUCCCGCAAUUGAAGAUGCAAGCUUCAAAAUUCUUUCCGCUCAUGGGCACACCACGAGCACCGCUUCUGCAGAGCACUGGAGGACCGACUUUGCCAGGUUACGAACAACAGGGCACUACAGAAUCGGCACGUGGACCAAAUGAGGAGGAUGUUCUUGAAGAAGUGAGUCAAUAUCAUUCGGAUGAUUCUGAUGUCGUGGGUGAUGAAUAUACUGCUCGAGGGCGCGGUCGUACUUUGGAUCAAUCACGACAGACCUCUGCCCCUACGCGCACGCCUAGUCCGAAUGUCCUGACUAAACGGCGCAAUCUUUUCGUCCCGCCACCGCCGAAGGAGCGGAAAAUUGAUCCCUUGCCGAAGGAAUAUCAGUUGCAACUGCAAGCGGUGACAGACAAACUCGACUCUCUCAAGUUGAGCAAGGACCAAGCGAAGCAGAGACAGUUGGAGAUUGCAAAUAUGCGCAGACUGGAACAGGAAAGGUUAAUACAAGCUCAAGGAGCUCGGAAGGGACUCUUUUUUCCACCGGACAUGCCCAAAGUACCGGGACCAAAUCGACCCGAACUCGCAGAACCCGAUCUGCAGGCGGCUUUGGACGUGUUGAGAGGGAAGCAAACUGCAUCGGCUCAGUUACAGAUGCUUUCUUCAGCGCGAACAACACCUAGGCAAAUGGUCCAAGCUACUGGAGACUACGACCCGGAAUACGUUUCGCCUGAGCACGUUGCAUUAGAAUCUACCGCUAGAGCAACACCACGAGCGCUCGUCACUGGUAAACAUCCUAUUCACAUGUGGGGUGAGUAUCGUCCUUCUCCAGUACUACCAUCUUCUAGGGGUGUCAAUCGCGAUAUUACAAACGUGGAUGAGCCAGAUAUGAAUGCAGUCCCAACAACUACUUCACAAGUUUCUUCGCCAACCAUGUCCGAGGCUUCAGCUUUGACCAUCAUGCCCUCGACGCCGUCUUUGACACCCGCUGCUGCAGGCGGCACACACCUGAUCCCUAUGCCAGCCUCGCCACGUUUGCCGGCGCCACCGGCACUUAUGCCUAUACCUCCGCCAAAUGUCACAAAUUCCGGACCACAACUGCCUCAAAGAGCCCAGAUGACGCCACGAGAUCUCCAUCAGGAGAUCCGACAGGCCGUUCAGGGCAUUCAGAGACCUAUAAUUGGAACGACACCGAUAAACAGUCCAAGAAUGCGGACUCAUGGUCGCGUCUUUACUUAUAUGUCAGAGGAGCAAGCGGCAAUGGCAGCAGCGGAACGACGUCGGCUUGGCACGGAUUUGUUGCCAUUGCCAGAACAGGCUUUGUCGUUGUUUUCUAGUUCUGUAGUUGGGGGUAAUGAUGGAACCGAUCAAGCGGGUGAUGGAGAAGGUGAACGGGAACAAGAUGUCGAACAUCAACAAGCUCCCAAAGAACGAGAACAAGUAGAGGAGGAUUCAAGACGAAGUCGUCGUAAGGCGAAAGGAGACGCUAGUGGGCGCAUCGUCCUCAUGGUUGGUGGUAAAAAACACUAUGGUCCCCCAGAGAAAAAGCCUGAACCUGAAAGUGAAGAACAAUCUGUAGCAGCUAAACAACAUCCUCUUGCUAGAUGGUCCAAAACGUUGCAGAUGCCGGUGAGCACUCUCAAUGUGCCUGCGAUUAACGUGAUUGCUUUACCCUUGAAGCAAGUGCAAAUUCAGAGUACCGCUUUGAUGCUACCGAAAAGGGAACCGCCACCGCCUAAGAUCAACGUUAAGCCGCCACCAGGCUUGCCGUUUCCAGAUUUGAUGUCCAAGGGAAUGCGCAAAUUAGGCGACGAAAUGCCAGCGGCACAGCGGAGACGGGAGGCCACGAUGAACAAAGGCAAAAACUUGUUUGCAAGAGAACAACCUGUAGCAGAAGAGAGUCCUUUAAUGGCAGCUUCUCGACGUCGACGCGGUAGAGACAAAAGGAAAACUGGAGUGCACGCGUUGGAUGCGGAGAGGGGGUUACUGGAUUAAGGAUGUCAGGUGGACAAGAAAAUUUCAUUUCAUUUCGAGCUUCAGGAAGUUAGAAUAUAUUUUGAAGAUAAGGACUAUGGGUGGGAAAAACUAGAACAAAGUCCAUAAAAUUCGGACUCGGAGAUACUUUUGAUUUUGUACUUACAGAAUACUGUCGCAGGAAAUGGUCGCUGUAUUCUUAAGUACUUUUUUCACACGCAGACGGACAAGAGCAGAUAAUGCAGAUUUUUAUCCGGGCUUUGCUCCAGAAAAAGUACUGUUAGCUUGUUGCGCGCGGCCGGAAGAUUUAUGUCGUGAAUAAAUUUGUUUUUUUCUGAUGUAAUUCAUAGUUCGUUGUAAAACGAAUCAUUCAUAGUGGGCUGAAUUGGUGUGUAGCGCAACGAUCUAUCGCAAGAAUACAGGGACUUAACGGCGAAUUUUCAGAAAUCAUGAAUACUGACUGAAUACUUUGAUCAUGUAUUUACUUGUAUUAUUUCAUCCAUCAAUUAAGAAAAAUAACACACGAAAACGAUGAGACAAACGAUUUCAAUGUAGAACCACACAAAAUGCCUGUUCGCGUCAUGUCAUCAAUGUGCGGCUCUACUAGCCUAUGCC